AUCAUAACUGUUCUUAUCACUGACUGACCAGCCUUUUUUAUAACUCCCCCUUCAGAUUCAUUACCAUCAGGCAUCAGCUUUCUUUCUUACUUUAGUUUUCCUUAUAAAAAAAUUAAUAAUUUGGUUAAAUGGAAAAUCACAUACACAUUGCGGUCUCUCCCUAAUAAUCCUCUCGUCUGUUCCCAUCUGUGCUUCGUUUUCUCUCUGCAACAAACCGUCUGGUGAGUUAAAGUUUUAGCCGAGAUGCAGAGAGAGAGGGCCAUUCUCGGCUAUUUAUCAGAGGCCUUGAACUUCGAUCACGGUUCUACCUCAAGUAAUGGUGCCAUAGAUCACUGGGACAACGACUUGCACGAGUACAUGAUUGCAAAUUCUGAACCAAGUCACGAGCAACAACAAGAUGAGGCUGGCUCUAGUGGCACCAAGAACGAAGCUUCCUCCAGUCACAGUGAGCAACAAAGAAGAAACGAGAUAAUCGACUUAGACUCGGAUUCUGAACAACCAUCUGCCCCCACCAAUCAACAUGUUCAGAACUCAAACUCUCCUGCUAUUAUUCACAUACCAUCUGUUUCGAGGAAUCUGCUAAUGCUACCACCGUUUCAAUGGACGGAGGUAGUACCAUCAUCAACCUCUUCUACUGUACCUGUUGAGAGAGAUGAAACCAGGCCAAGAAGCAUACCAGAGAGUCGUCCCUUGCUUAUUCCAGCUCCUGAGCUUGGGACCAGCAGAGAUGCAACAAGUGGAAACCUGAGUGUUGCAUCAUCAGUAUCCAGGACAGGUGUUCAACCACCAUCUUACCAGAACUUACCACUUCAGCAGAGAAGAAGAUUCGAAGUAGCACCUCGUAGGUCAUUGAUUUCUUCCCUUGCAGGAUCUGGUGAUGAUCAUCCUGUGGCCCCUCCGGAUGGGCUUGUGCUUCAGCCUGGUGGCGAUAACAGUCAAAUGCCUCACUCGAGGGCGGGUCUGUGGCUAGAUAGACAAGGGGAUGAUAGUGUGGCUGGGACUCCUCGUUCUUUUCGUGCCUUGGCAGCUUCAAGCAGGGGAAGAAGCAGACUUACUGUGUCCCAGAUGCACAACAUCUUGGAUGUCAUGCGUAGGGAUCCGAAUCAUAAUUUACGGCUUGAGGACGUUAUGCUUCUAAACUCGUCAUUGCUGUUUGAUGGGGCUGCUGGUAUUAUGCAUGACCGUUACAGAGACAUGCGACUUGAUGUAGACAACAUGUCAUAUGAGGAACUGUUGGCACUAGAAGAGCGUAUUGGAGAUGUUUGUACUGGUGUAAACGAAGAAACCAUAUCAAACCGGUUGCAACAGCGUAAAUUCAAAAGCAGCACACAAGAUGCAGCAGCUCCAUGCUGUAUUUGUCAGGAGGAAUACAGUGAAGGAGAAGAGAUGGGGAGGUUAGAAUGUGGGCAUGAUUUUCAUAGCCAAUGCAUAAAAGAAUGGCUGAAACAGAAGAAUCUUUGCCCAAUUUGCAAGACGACAGGCUUGAACGCUGGGAAGAAGCGGAAAAUAGGAUGAAUGAGAGAUUGUAUUCAAAAGAGCUUCGUUUUUGUUUAUUGUAUUCAAAAGAGAAUGAAGUAACAAAAGGGGCUCUCUCACAGGCAUGAUUUGGGUGGUGGAAAGAUAUGAGUGAAGGGAAAGUUGAGAGAAUAAACUUCUUUUUUUCUGUAAUUGUUUGGAUAAUUUAUUUUACUCAUUUGUCAAUGAAUUAUUAUGAAUAUCCAUUGAAAGAAGGAGGAAGCUGAGUUGGCUGA